AUGUCGGCGAAUCAAAAUCAAGUUACUCUUAUUGGUCUGGGCACCAUCGGCAUCUCGAUGGCCGCCUUACACUUGCGAGAUCCUAAUUCCACCAUUCAUUUGUUUGAUGUGCGCUCGGAUAUUGAACAACACAUCUUGGCGCAUCUCCCUGCAUUUCUUGAAUCAGUCUGCCCAGGCACUUCAGUGGAGUCACUCAUAUCCUCUGGGCGCAUCAAGAUCCACACGACUAUAGAGACCGCCUGUUCGGAGGCAACUAUCAUCCAAGAACAAGGACCGGAGAACGUAUCAUUCAAAAAGUCUCUAUGGGCUCAAGUUGAGAGUAUUGCUCCGCCCUACGCGCAUUUCUGGAGCAGCACGUCUGGAAUUCCCACAUCGGAACAGACUGCAGACAUGCAAGAUAAAUCCCGUCUGCUUGUCGUACAUCCAUUCAACCCACCACACAUCAUGCCGUUGCUGGAAAUAGUACCGAGCCCCAACACGAACCAGGAUGAGGUUGACUUUGCGUGCACCUACUUCCGUCAAGUUAGCCCCCGGCAUUGCCCAGUCGUCAUCAAGAAGGAAAUCUGUGGUUUCGUGGGCAACAGGUUGGCAUUUGCGGUUCUCAGAGAAGCCUGUUAUCUUGUGGAGCAGAAGGUCGUUUCUGUCAAGGAUCUAGAUCAGAUCAUGAUGUCCAGCUUGGGUCCGAGGUGGGCGCUGAAUGGAGUGUUUGAAAGUUAUAAUUCUGGGGGAGGAGUGGAUGGCUUCCGUGGAUUCCUGAACAAGUUGGAAGCAACUGUACAGGGAGUAUGGAAUGAUUUGGGUGUCAUGAGCAUGACAGGCGAUGACUCUCACUGGAAGGAAUAUGUCAUUUCCCAGACCGAACAAACUUAUGGGCCGUCGAGCUUGGGGCAAACCAGGGAAAAAGAGGAGAAACUGCGGGAAGUGCAACGAAUUCAGACUUCUAACCCUUGA